AUGAUUAAGGGAUUAUACAAAAGUAUUGUUAAUUUUUUACUUUCCUCAUUUUUUGAAAAUAUAGAAGAGAAACAAUUGCAAACUUCCCUGAUAAGAGGAAAAGUGCAUUUGCAGAAUGUUAAGAUUAAAAAAAAUUUCUUCGACAUUUUAUACCUCCCUUAUACAAUCAAAUAUGGAUACAUCCGUUCGUUGGAUCUUCAGAUCCCGCUGUUGUACCUGUUUCAAAAAGCGAGUCUGAAAAUCAGUGAUGUCGUGAUCGUGAUAAAAGAAAAGAAUUUCAAUGACUUCAACAUCGAUGAGGAAAUCAACGGAAUUAAGGAGACUAAGAAAAACAAUUUGAAAAUCGAAGAUAUUAAUAAUAACGUAUAUGACUUGAAUAAUAAAAUAAAUAAAGGGAUUAACUACCUGAUGUAUGAGCUUUAUAACAACAUGUCAAUUGAUAUUGAGAAUGUUGAAAUUAUCUUGGAAAGUGCAGAAAAGAAAAAAAAUAUUUUAGGUAUGUUUGUAAAAACAAUAAGUAGUGUAAAAAGCCAUAAUUAUGCAAAUAGAAUAUGCAAAGAAUUUUCAUUUAGUGAUAUAAUUUUUUAUAUGAAUGAUGACAAGGCAAAAUAUUUACUUACGAAAGUUAUAAAAAAAGAAGAAAAAAAAAAAAAAAAUAAAAGAAAUAUUAAUGAAUUGGAAAUAUAUAACAAACUAAAAGACAUUUGUAAUGAUUUACAUCAGAAAAAAUACAUCAUCUCAGAAAUUCCACUUAUCCUUUUAAGCACAAAUCUUUACAUUAGUAAUUGUACAGAAUAUUUCUAUCGUAAUUCUAAAUUUACUUUUAAAAAAAAAAGUUUCUUUGAUAUUACAUGUCCUCACUGUGAUAAGUACUUGUUUCAAUGUAAACAUGUUAAGAAGGAGAGAUCUAUUUUUCAAAAAAUUUUCCCGGAUCGGAAUGAAAUGAAAGAUAGGAACAGGAAAUUAUAUGCUGAAUUUUGUAAGAACAUGGAAAAAAGUAGCGAGUUACCUUUCGAAGGGUUGUGUCAUGGAAAUGCCAUGAAUAACAUGUCAGGUGAAUUGGGAUCAGCAUCAGCGAGUCCAUUGUUGGUUGGAGAGAAAAAAAGGAAAAAAAAAAAAAAAAAAGGUGAAGAAAGAGAAGGCGAAAAGGAAGGCGAAGAUGCAGAGAACAAGGAGAUGGAAAAAGCAGGUGAAGGUGCAGAGGUCGAGGAGGUCGAAAAAUCAAUAAGUAAAGAAAUAUGCAGUGAAGAAAAUGAAAUAAAUACUAGACAAGGAUUGAAGCAUACCAAGGAGGAGGAGCAUAUCCGUGGGGAGAGAGAAGAAAUUUUAUCAUCCAGAGAAGUGAAAUCAUCGAUGCUAGUUGGAGAAGUAGGUGGGAAUGUUGAAAGAACUGAAAUAAUGCCUCCGUCUAAUGGGGAACUGUCACAUGAAAAUAAUUUCAGACAUCAUGAAUACAGUGAUAAAAAUAUAUACUAUAGAAUUAAGAAUAAAAAGAAAGGCACACAAAUUGAAAAAGUGGAUAUUUUGGAGGAAAACAUAAAUUUAAGAGAAAAUGAAUAUAUGAAUUUCGAGAUGCAUAUUGAUAAGUUAAACGUAAAAUUAUCACUUAAGCAGUUAACUUAUCUCUCUGAUCUUAUGAUUUAUUAUUCUAUAUAUGGAUGUUUUGUAAACGGAUUAUACCUUGCGGAAUGGUUAAAUAUUCCUGACAUAAGGGAUAUUUUAAUGUAUAAAAGAGAAUUGAUUAAAAAAAAAAAAAAAGAAAAAUUUGACAAAAAUUUUUUAGAAAAGUUUGAAUAUACACACAGUUUUCAAAUUAUUUCAAGUUUAAAAAAACAUGUGGAAGAAAUGUCAAUUGGAGGAAUCAAGGAUAAUAAUUUCAUUGGGAGAAGUUUGUCUUUAGGAGGAGGGCGUAUGGAAAAGCAACAUGGAAAUGAAAACACUAGUUCUAAGAAGAGCAUGAAAAAUAGUUUCAAUCGCAACAGUCCAAGUAAUGGUGACAACUUGUCUGUAAAUUGUAGUUUCAAAUUAUCAAUUCGAAAUGUAAACGUGAAUUUGUACAGCUAUGAAAAGACAAGUAAAACAAUUCAAGUGAACAUGGUUAUGUUUGAGUACCUUGUGAAAAAUUACAUAAAUAAUGACUUUGCUUAUCAUAUACGUUUAAGAGAUGCCAUGAUAAAUUUUAUGAAUAAAGAUAAAAAAUAUCCUUUACUUGAAUUAUUUGAACAACAAGCGAAUAAUAAUUUUCAUCAUAAGGAAGAUUUACGGGUGCAUAAAAAAAAAGAUGAAAGAAUAAGAGAAAUGUUGAAAAAAAAUAAAAGAAAAAGCAAAAAUUAUUUGUUUAACCAACAUAUGUGUAACAGCACAACUUCGUUCAAAAGUACCAUGUCUAGGAAGAAGACCAAAGCGAGUGUCAUGCAAUUUGAAGCAAUCGACCUCACGGAUUCAACAUCUCUUAAGGGAGAAAAAGAAACUUAUUCAAAUGUGGAAGACAUGACAAGCUAUCCACAUAAAAGUAAUAAAAACGAUGAGGAGAAUCACAAUAAUGAGGAGAAUUACAAUAAUGAAGAGAAUAAAAAUAAUAAAAAUUUUGGAAAUGACAAAGUAUACGAGUUUAUAAAAGACCCUGCUCUCACCAUAUUUGUAUAUAAAAAAUUUGACACGUCGCAAAGCAAGGUGUACGUUAGAUGCAACAAAAAUAUUUUAAUAACUCUAAGCAUUAGAGAAGUUUAUAAAAUUAUAAACAUGAAUUAUGAUUACAACACUGUUAACUUAGAAAAGAAAAUCAAAACGUAUAAAAGUUUGUACUAUUAUUAUCUUCUAGGUAAAAAAUAUUGCAAAGAGCUAUAUGUUGCAUCUGAAAAAAAUUUUGUUGAUAUAAAUCUUCAGCUAAUGAAUAACCUCUAUGUUAACCUAGUAAUAAAUAAGAAAUACUCCCUUCUUCUGAGACUUAAAAAGAUCAUUUUGAAUUCUUUUUUCUUUACAAAAACGAACUUACAAAAUCAUGUACAUAGGAUUACAAUGAUUUCGAAGUUCGGGGAUUUGCAUGUCAAGCAAAAUCUGGAGGACGAGGGGGAGAAGCAGUAUGAGGCAGACCCAUUCAUAUCUGAUUCUGCCGCUUCGCUUGAUUCACAUCUGAAGGGUAGGAAGCCUGUGGAACCAAAGGACACUAUGAUGAUCAUUCCAAAUGCCAAGGGAAGUGAAGAAUCAGGGGAGGUAGAUGCCACCUUGAGGAAUAACACUCCAAAUGAAGAUAGUUCAGAAAAUGCAUUAGAUGCAUGUAAUUAUAAUUCUGCUAAGGGAAGAAUCGUCACCAAUGGUAGUUCUCGUCCAUUAGAAACACAGCAACAACACGAUCAGAACAUUGCAAAAAAUAAAUUUUUAGUAAAUGAUGACAGUAGUACCAUGUGUGAAGAUAGUAAACUUAUCAUGGAAUAUAGAAAACAUUAUCGUGAAUUUUUACGUAGUAAUAAUUUGGAAAAUGUAGACACUGCUAGAAAAAUAAGCUGCUUGAGUAAUAACACAUACAAUUUUGGGAGACAAUGUAGUAUCGAUAGGAGAACCGUCCAUAGCGGGUUUAAUCAUAAUUAUGUGAAAGGAAUGGAAUACAAGAAUAAUGAUCGAAGAAGUGAAGAAGACCAGUACAAUGCUGAUAGUGAUGAACACACCUUAAGGAAUGGGAAAAAAUAUACAUUUGGAGGUGUACAUCACGAAAGUGUUGAAGCUGAAAAUAUUGAAUAUAACAGUAGUUGUGAUAAUAUAAAGAGACAGUUAAGUUUAAAUUCAUCAUCUACCAUAGAUGAGGAUCCAGGGGAAGAAGACCAAAUGGAGGAAGGAGAAGAAAAGAAUAUAACAGGAAUAGAACAGAAAAGAUUAAAUUUGGAAUUAUCUAUUUUUAUGAUGAAAAAUAAAAAUGAAGAGAAAAUUCAAAAUAUAUUGAUACAGAGAAAUAAUGAGGGUAAUAAAAAAUAUCUCAUGAAACCAUUAAAAAUUUACCUAGACGAAAUUACAUACAAUUCGAAUGAUAAUAAUGAAAAGAAAAUAAUAUUCAUUCAUAGCAAUAAUAAAUACAAUUUAAGUUUAAAUGUGGAUGAUAAAAUAAUCUUUAAAUUAAUUUUUUACUAUUUUCAUUAUAAAAAUUAUAUAGAAAACAUUAUUUACUUUUUUCAAAAUAAAAGUGAUUCCAAUUAUUUGAACCUGAACACUAUCGACAUACGCAGCUACAAGACUUUGCAAAUUUUGUUAGAAAAUGCUAUAACGAACAAUAAGAGUGAAGUGCUAGUUUCUCCUGAGGAAAAUAUGGACACGAACGGAAGGGAGACCGAAAAGAAGCAAGGGCAAUCGUCAAACCAGUUGGAUGAUCAAGCGGUAAAGCAGUUGGACGAUUCGAAUAAACGAAUGGAUUAUUCGUUCGACAUUUCCAUGGAGAGUAGAUGCAGGGCCUCAGUCCCUGUAGAUGAUUCUCCCGUUGAAAUUAUUGAGGACUCUAAUGAAAAGAUAGCAGAUCCAUCUGCCCAGGCAUAUGGCCAAACGGAACACCAAGCUGAACAGCGAGUCGAAAAUGGAGAGGAAAAUGAAGUGGAAAAUGGAGUGGAAAAUCUAGUGAAACAUCAAACGGUGGAUGAUACGCAGGAUAUUAUGCACUUCCCGUCGGGUAAGAGGGAAGAAGAGAUGGCUAAACGGACGCAAGAGAGUGAAAAAAAACAAGAAAGAAAAAAUAGUGCAGUAAUAAAUUACAAUCAAUAUGAAAAAAACGAGGAGCAGGGGAUGAGGGAGCACCAAGCGGUAGGAACAAACGAAGGAAAGAAACAAGAAUUAAUAUCCUUUAUGCAUAAGAUAAAAGUCCAUUUUAAUAAUUACAAAAAAAGAAAAAGAAUGAUAUCGAUACACAUUUCUGAUGUUUUAGUAUACACAUUUAACGAUUCGUAUAUAUCCAAUUUUGUUCUGAAUUUGAAAAAAAUAAAUAUUUUGAAUUGUCUAUUAAAUGAAGAGUAUCAAAACAAUUUCAUAUCAUAUAUUGAAAACAGAACCAUAGAAAAUAAAUUGAAUAGAAAAACUUCAAAACUGAGUUGUAAAAAAAGGGGAAAUAAUUAUAAUGAAGUUUAUUUUUAUAAUAGUAUAUUUAAAUUAGUAAAAAAUGGAAAUUUUAUUUUUUCAUAUUCUUCUAGAAAUACAUCGACAAAUUCUUCGCAGAGUACCUUACAAAAUAUUCCAUACACAUUAAAAGAAAAAAAUUACAUCUUAAAUAACAAUGCAGUAGAAUCAACAAGUGGAGAAAUAGGGCGGGCAGAAAUGAUAGAAGAAGGUAGAUUCGAAUCUGGAGAUAAAUGUUUAACUACAGGUGUUGUUCGGUAUUUCAGAACGGACAAUUAUAGACAGCUGUACAAUUUGUAUGAAGAUACAGGAAAUCAAAACAUGAAUCAGCAAAAACAGAACAAAUUAAAAAAAAAAAAUAGCACGAGUGCUGAUUUUGUUCAUACUAGUUAUUACAAUAAUUUGAACACAGAUUAUUUUACCUUCAAUAUGGUAGAUAGUCAACAAGAUGAUGAAGAUGGUGGAGGAGGAGAAAAAGCCAAUACACUAAUGAUGGACGAUGUAAAUCAUAAGGAGAAAAGUGAACAUAUAAAUAAAAAGAUUGACAUUGCAUGUCAGGAGAAGGUGAAAAAAGAGGAGAAAAACAAUUCCAAAGGGUUUAAUGGAGCUAAUGAAAUGCAUCAAUCCGAAGUUCAGUUUAUGUCAGGUAAGGAAAGUGGCCGCUAUAUGAGUUGCUUCGAACCCUUGGAGCGAGAAGUGUCUGUGCUUGAAAAAAUUUCUCCUGUAGACAAAGGCGAUGUAAGCAGAAGCAAAGUGAAGAGAAACGACAAGGGAGAGGAACAAGCAUCUAAUGGGAACUCUGCUAUUCUUGAAGAAAAUAACACUGAUACUGAUUAUAAUAGCCCAAAUAACGAUGCGCUAUUCAAGAAAAAUGACAAUCCGAAGGGAGAAUUAAGUCAAGUGGGAGAAAGUGCAGAAGAAAAAUCUCCUUCUAAAAACAAGAGGAGGUUAGAAUAUGAAAUUUACAAAGUGAGAGAUGUAAAAAGAGUUAAACGAGUGAAUAGCAAAAACUUGAAUGUUAUUACUAAUGGAGGGGAGGAGAGUGAAGCGAAAGGAACAGAUGAAGUGCAUGUUAAUUUUGUGUGGGAAAAGGAAGUUCCAUUAACCAAACCAGAGGGAAACGAGAAAAAAGAAGAUCACGACGAGGCGGACAAUGAUGAUGAGGUUGAGGAUGACUGUCAUCAGGAGGAGGGGGAGGAAAAUAAAAACGAGAACCAGAACGAGAACCAAAACGAGAACCAGAACGAGAACCAAAACGAGAACCAGAACGAGUACCAGAGUGAGAACCAGAGUGAGAACCAGAGUGAGAACCAGAACGAGAAUCGGGAGAAAUUCCAUGUUGUAGGAAAUGAAGAAAGUGAAGACAUAAAAAAUGUAGAAUUCCAUUUAAUUAAUGGGCAGUUCAUUGUGGAUUAUUUGUACUUUAUUAGUGUGUACAGAUGGAUAUCCAAAUUGUGUAAAAAGUUCGAGAAGAUAAAAAAAAUUACAGCGUAUGCAUAUUCCAGCAAUAAUUCCAUUACAGAAGAAACUGUCAGUGUGAAUAAUGUAAAAUACAAUUACGUUGCAUUUUUGCAAAAUAACAGAAUAUGUAUCCCCAUAUAUCACCUCACCAUUACACAGUACACCUUUUAUGAGGACCCAGGGAACAGCUCCUACGUGUCUCUCUUUCCAGUUCUGGAGAUGCACUUUUCCACGUCAUGCAAGUGCACUAAUGAACACGGAGAAAGCUCCAAGUCCAUUCAAGUGAGAAAUUGUGGGAUGAAGUUGGUUAUACCCACGAUAAACAUUUUUCGACACAAGAAGAAUAAAAAGUGCAGUAUCUGCGUUUUGAAUUUUAGCACGAAAGACAAAGAUAACGAAACAAUUAUAAAUGAUCUGAGGCUUCAAAUAAAUAUGAAAAGAAAAAUAAACUACAAAAUGCCGGAUGAGGAGAAUGAAAAGUGUAGCAGCACGGAAAGCUGUUAUGAGAAUAUGAACAUGCUUCCAUACUAUUACGACACAAAUUAUAUGUCGUUAAAUAAGUACUUCUCAGCCAUGUCUAGGAAUUCGAUAGAAGGAUGUGGAGGAGAUGAAGAGAUGAAUAUCUCAGAUGCAUGUGUAAAGGAAAUUAUAAGUUUUCACAAUGAUCCGUUAAUUAUAAAUAUAUCGAAAGAAAUUUUGAAGAAUGCACUACUAUGUCAUAGUACGUUUAUGUGUUUUCUGGAGAGUUGUACCAGGGUAGAUAUACCAAUUGGUUUGAUUAGCAAUGAAACUAACAAUAUAAAGAAUGACAGUUACAACAAGGUUCCUAAGAAGGAUCGCAAUAGUAGUAGUGUUCAUAUGGAGAAUGGAAGGGAAAAUACAGAUAAUAAAAGUUUAAUGCAAGAUAUAUUAUUUUAUCUAUAUGAAAAAAUGAACGAACUAUUAUUUGAAUACCAUUUAGAUGAUUUACAUAUACAUUUUUAUGAUGGAAAUAGUAGUAGAAACAUGCCAGUAAUAGUGUUGAGCAUAUUUAAUUUAAAACUUUUUUUACAGAAGGAUCUUUUACGUAUAUACAGUUUUUUUAAUUUUCACCUGAACAUAGAUGUAUACGACAGUUACAAACUUGUGUAUGAUAAUCUUUUAGAAAAAAUGGAAUUAUUUUUGGCUUUCGAAAAUGAAAAAAAAAAAAUAAAUUUCUUAAAUUUCAAAUUAGAUACAUCAAUAAUCAAUAUUUUAUACACUAACAAAAGUAAAAAUAUUAUAAUAGAAUUUUUAAAAUCACUAAUGGAUAAUGCUUUUUCCUUUAUGAAUAAUAACUAUUAUUAUUACAACACACCAGUAGCAUGUUCAGUCCCAUAUGCAGUGUGCUCAUCUCCUUUCCCCCUUAGCCCAUGUAACAGAAAAAAUGAUGCAACUAAUGAUGAGUUUUUAUUAUUACAUGAUGAUAGAGGAAUAGUAGUACCAAAGUUUAGACUAAACAGUAGUGCACAAAUUGGAGGAGUGAGAACCAAGAGGAAUGUUAAGUUUUCCAUCUCAUCUGCACACAUGGCAUCGAAGAUUUAUAACUACACUGGAAUUACCAUCAGUGUGAGGUUUAAGCAAUCGUUAAGAAACAAAAUACAAAGCAGCACUGUGAAGGGCAAUAACGGUAACAAUGUCGAAAACAAUGUCGAAAACAAUAACAAUAAUAGUAAGCAUAACAAUAACAGUUACAAUAACAGCAACAAUGACAGUAACAAAAACAAAAAUCGCUUUAUUUUCUACGAGCUUGAAACAAAUGAACAUGGAGGUUUACUAAAUGACGAGAAUGGAAAAGUUUGCGAACUGGUUGUGAUUAUAAAGAUCUUUGAUUACAUUUUUGAAAUUGUUGAUAUUGAGAGGACGAAAAAUAUUUGUGAUAUUCGAUUUCUUCCAAUUAUAUACGAUUUAAAAAAAAGAAAAGAGAAAAAAAGAAUAACCAUUAAAAAGUAUGACUUAACGCAUGAUAUGUACAAUGAGCACAGUAUGAAAAAUAAAAUUUUUAAAACAUUUAUUAAGUUGUAUAUUCAGACGAAUGUUGAUGAGAAGGGCACCGUUUCUAUAUAUUUUUCCUCUAAUUUGUACGUGAAAAAUACAACGAAUAGCAACUUUGUCAUUUUAUUUCAUCCAAUUUUGCACUAUUUUUUACGCUACAACAGAAGGCAGGAAAAUCUACACAAUGGAAUUCAAAGUGUGAAAAAAAACGAGAAACAAUUUGGCUUACAUAGGCGUGAUAGUACAAAUUUGACAGUUUUAAAAACGAAUGAAAAGUAUUAUUUACCUCUCAUUUCAUUCAUUCCUAUUAUCAUUCUUUUUGACUAUCUCAAUAACAAAUUCAAUUUGAAUCAAGAAGAAUCUAUGGAAAAUCAAAACAAUAAUUCUGCUUAUAACAGCUCCACAUCACAGAGUCAUGGUGAGGAAGUAUUUCCUUUGAUGCAAAACAAUUACAAUGGAAAUUCUUGCACAGACAACGAGAUCAGAUGGAGGAGUAAAAGGAGACGAAAAAACAAUUCAGGAAGUUUCUGUUAUGAUAAUGUAGAAGAAAUAAUAAUGCCCUUAUCAUCACCCAAUCGGAUUAAUAUAAACCAAGUGAACAAGGAAAAAAUUAGUAAAAUAUUAAAGAGGUUAGAAAAAUAUCUUAUAGAAAAUAGCCAGAGCACAAAUUUUAAAAAUAUCAAUUAUAUCUACAUUGUGAAGAAAGAGUUUUACGAUUUUUAUAUGUUAAAGUAUGAACAAAAAAAAAAGUGCUAUUUUGAAAUUUUUAAUUUUCUGAUGAAAAAUGGAGCCAAGAAAAUGAUAGGCAAUUCGACCAUAAAAGAAAUUGUAUGUAGACACUCAUUUGAUUUCUUGAAAUAUAAUCUAUAUGCCCAUACGCUCAAGCUCAGGGAUAUGAAGGCCAUUUGUUACUGCAGCAAAAAAGAAGGGGGCAGCAAAAAAGAGGGGAGCAGCCAAAAAGAAGGGGGCAGCAAAAAAGAGGGGAGCAGCCAAAAAGAAGGGGGCAGCCAAAAAGAAGGGGGCAGCAAAAAAGAAGGGGGCAGCAAAAAAGAAGGGGGCAGCACAAAGGGAGGGGGCAGCAAAAAAGAAGGGGGCAGCACAAAGGGGGGGGGGGUAAGCGGAUUGGGGAAAUAUUCCAAGAAAUUUCCCUUGCGAGUGUCGUCCAUCUGCAGCAAUAAUUCUGUUGAGCUUUGUCAGAAGAGAAUAGAAGGAGUGGAUGAUAAGCACAGAUGCAUAGAACAGAGAAAGAAUUCCAAUUUGGAGGGAAGAACAUUAAUGGCGAUUAUGCAUAACUAUGAAAAGGAAGUGGGAAGUGCGAGAGGGAGUGCUAUAGGGAAUGACAUAGGGAAUGUCACAGGGAAUGUCACAGGGAAUGUCACAGGGAAUGUCACAGGGAAUGACAUAGAGAAUGACAUAGGGAAUGUCAUAGAGAAUGUCAUAGAGAAUGUCAGAGAAAGUGAUCCCCAUGUGAACGUGACAGAACGCAGGACGAGUGAAAAGCAGAUAAGUAGUUUCCUUCUGGGGAAAGAAAAAAGGAGUUCCACAUUCAAGAGCAUAAUGAUGCACGACAUGGUGAAAAGAAGCAUGGUGAAGAGAAGCAUGGGGAGGAGAAGUUCUGUCAGACGAAAGCCUCUUCGAAAUAACGAACGGAUGGAAAGAAAAUACCACACGUACGAUGUGUCUAGGCACAUGGAGAAGAUGCAUGAGAAGAAGAACUGCAAUAGUUAUAUGAGCAGCAAUUGUGAAGAUUCAGGAGUUGGUGGAGGAAGAGGAGGAUGGGAUUCCAAGGAAGAAGGUAAUAAGAAGGGGAGGGAUGCAAACAAUAUUCAUAAGACGAACAUACAAAUGAACAAUGCGGAGAUCGAUCUGACUUUCACAGCAAGAAAGCAGAGCAAUUACAGUAACACAAUAAUAUGUGAAGAGAAAAAUUUAGAAUUGAAUAAAGUGUAUGCAUUUGGAAUUUUCAUAAAUUACAUAUUUGAAAUUCAUAAUUUAUUAUUUGAACAAGUAAAGAUCGGGUACUGUGAAAAGUACUUUAUCAGCAGCAUGCCAAGGAAAAUAAAAAGAAAUAAGAGAGAUGUAAUAUUUCCAAAGUCUAUCCGAUAUCUUGACACAAUUCCUAAUUAUGUAAAAUUAUUUUACACAUUGUGUCAUGAAAAUUAUGUGUAUAAUUUCUUUUCUAAAAAGAUAGAAUUACAUCAGCUGAGAAAUAUACAUGAUGAUGAUAAAUCAUUUCAGGUGAAAAUGCAUGUUAGUUAUAUUAGCGAUAGUAAAAAGAACAUAAUUUAUAAGAAGAAAAAAUUUAAACUAAGAUACCUUCUUCUGGGAAAAAGAAAGAAGAAAUCGACAUGUGAAAAUAAGAAGAAGUUUGUUUAUUUAGGAUCGAAGGAGUAUGAAAAUCUGUGUAAAGAAAUUCCUAAAUAUUUUUUCUUAAAUUUAACAUUAAGAAAGAAAACAAAUUUCAUAAAUACAAAUUAUGAUGAAAAUAAUUUGAAACAUUUAGUUGAUAGUAAUGUACUACAGCUAUUAAUUUAUUCAUCUUUUUUUUUUCAAAAUAAUUUAAAUUACGAUUUGAUUGUCAAAUCCAGUGGUGGGAAAAACACACAGAUAAUAAAACAAAAGUCCAACAUGUUUUUUGGAGAUGUAGAAAAUAGUAAAGUUGUAUUAGAAAUAGUUUCAAAUAAUCAAAUAUUUGUUUCUAAAAAAAUUAAAAUAAAUGAAGUAUGUCUUAAUAAAAAAAUUAUACUUACAAGCAAGAAUAAAAAGGAAAAUAUUUUCCUUUCUAUGAGUAUAACGCUAAAUGGAAAAUUGUAUAACGCAAAAACGGUUACAUUUAAUAAUAGAUAUACAAUUGUUAAUAAGACAAAUCGAUUUCUCUAUGUUCAGGAAGUUACCAAAGAAUUUAAAAUUAUUAAAAAUGAUAAAAAAAAUCUGAACCUCAACUUGAACUUUAACAAUAACUACUCCUUUUCCAUAGAUGCAAUUAAUAAAAAGGCUUUCAGUUCUGGGGUGCGCAAUGCAGAGAGGAUUCACAUUGUACCAAGUGAUUUUAGUGAUUCCUCAAGUUUGUCUCAAGGAGGGGAAGAGGGGUCUUCAAAAAGAGCUCUAUCCAGUUUGACAAAUGGUGCUGUAAGAGGUGGAGGAAGAAGUAGUGCAGCACUUCCUCCAGCAGAAGCAGCAGCAGCAGGAGGAUCGGAAUGGAACAGUUGUUCUGUGAAUAUCGUCGAAAUUAAGCCAUAUGAAUCGUUUUAUUAUCACCCAAUAAACACUAAUAAGUGUUUGUUGAAAUUUUCUUAUACUGACAUUAAUGCCUGUAUGAGAGAUGAGCACUUCACAAGAAGGAAAGGGAACCAUGAAUUUAUGAACAACAAGGAACACGAAGUUACCAACCUGUUUAAUCAUUACUUGAAGAAGAAAAUAACAAAAUCUAGAAAUAUAUCUAUUAUGAAUGCAGAGAAAUCGGAUGAUCUUUCGAAACGAAGAGAAGAAUUACUCAACCUGUACUUUACUAGUCCCGUUGAUAUUGAAAAAGUUGGAAAUUUAAAAAUAUACCAUAAAGCUGUAACUAAGGUUAGUCGUUCAAGUGUUCGAAAUGAUACAGGUGAGGGUAAUCAGUGGAUGAGGAUUAGCAGGAAUGAUGCUAUUAUUCCAAUGAAAAAAGAGCUGAUGAAUCGAACUAACAAUCACGAUGUGUCUAAAGACACAGUACUGUUGGUGGAGAGUGAACCAGGAGAUAAUGAUGUGCUUUCAAGGAGAAGUGCAGAGUCUUGUGAGAACUUUGUUAUUGAUGUCUGUGCAGAGAAUGAGCUCGUAAAGUCCACUAAAUUUUUCAAUCCCACUGCAUCGCUCGAACAGAUGGAACCGCUUAACAGUUUAGAAGUGAAUCAAGUAGAUGAUGGUGUGGGUAGCGCUACAAGUGGAGAUACAUGCUACAUACAUGAGUAUAAGGAAGAGAGCAUCAUCACAGAUGUUAACAUCAUGUUGAACAAAGACACGAAUGUAGAAAUACACAUAUCGAUAGAAAACAAUCCAGACACGAUUAUUUACAAUAAGACCAAGUACUACGUUAUAUUUUAUCAACGGAAAACAAAAAAAAAGAUUGUGAAUAUGUUGAAACCAUUUGGAAGAGAAAUAUUCGGAUGGGCAGAUGUAUCUAAGCCUAAAGUAGUUAAAUGCUUUUUAAUAUAUCAGAAAAAUGAGGUAUACGUAUUUUCUUGUAAUGUAAAUAUAGUGAAAGAACAUAAUAACAUUUUUUUAAAUAAUAACAAAAAAAUUAAUGUUGUGACGAAAAUUGAAAAUGGGAGGAGGGUUUUCUGUUUAGAAGAAUUGAUAAACGAUGUUAAGUUGGAUAAUAAUAAUCCUCAAGUAAUAACAUCGUCCUAUUCAUCAAAAGGAAAAAAAGGGUUCAGUAGAUUUAAAAGAAAAAAUAAAGUGCAUAAAAAAAUGAACCUCUAUAAUAAUUUCAAAUCUAGCAAGGAAUUUCAAAAUAGCCAAGAACUUUGGGAAAAGCAAAAAAACAAAAAAAAAAAAAAAACGGAUGAAACCGGGGGGGGAGAAGGGAAAAAAGCACUGGCUUUUUUACACAAAAAGCGCUUUAACAUUGUAUACAUGAGGAAAAAAAAAAGAAAGAAAAAAAAAAAAAAAAUAAAUAAGUAUUUCAGUAUAGCUUCUUUUUUUCUUUUGAAGAACUUGGACCCAACGAGCAGGAUAAAGAAGGGAGGCAAAGUAUUUCCAAAGGAGGGUCCUAUCACGAGUGGAAAUAGCCAAGUGGUAGAAAAGGGAGAAGUGGUAGAAGAUGUCGAAGUGGUAGAAGAUGUCGAAGUGGUAGAAGAUGUCGAAGUGGUAGAAGAUGUCGAAGUGGUAGAAGAUGUCGAAGUGGUAGAAGAUGUCGAAGUGGUAGAAGAUGUCGAAGUGGUAGAAGAUGUCGAAGUGGUAGAAGAUGUCGAAGUGGUAGAAGAUGUCGAAGUGGUAGAAGAUGUCGAAGUGGUAGAAGAUGUCGAAGUGGUAGAAGAUGCCGAAGUGGUAGAAGAUGUCGAAGUGGUAGAAAAGGGGGAAAAAGAAGCUACGAAUUCAUUUAAGGCAAAAAAGGAGGAUAAUAAAUCGACCCCGGUGAAAAAAUGCCCCUCGAGGAAUCGAAGAUUCUCGUCCAAAAAAUACAUUAACAAAUUUUUUUAUGAAAAAUACACCAAGAAGAUAAAGAACACCCUCGAUAGAAAGAAAAAAGGAAAAAAUAAGGACUUGAGCACACUAGUUGAUGAAGAGGUGGGGGAUGAGGACUUGUUCACAAUGAAAUGCAGAGAGGAAGGCGAAGAAGAUGAGAAAGAUGAUGAAGACUGUGCGAGCGAAGCAAGGAUUAUCAUGCCACACAGCUACCUUAGCACGUAUCUAAACAAUGCAGCUGGUGAUGCUGUAGCAUUAAACUCGAGAGAAUCAAAUAUACUGGCGAAGAAGAAAAAAAGCCAAAACAAACAAAAGCAAAAACAAAAUCAGAAACAAAAUCAGAAACAAAAUCAGAAACAAAAUCAGAUACAAAAUCAGAUAAAAAAGCAAAAACAAAAGCAAAAACAGAAACAGAAACAAAAAAAAAAGCUCAAAAGGAAACUGAGCGAUUAUAUUUUGAAAAAGAUAAAAAAAAAUCAAAACAAGUUAAAAGAGCUGAAGAAUAUAUACCCAACAUUUCUUAAAGGUUCAAACAGGAGGAGAAGGAGACGAGAAGAUUUCAAUUUCAUCAUGAGCACGUACCUUUCUGAUAAGGACGAGGAAGAUGGAAACGGUUUAAUUGGGACAAAUGGCAGAAAGAGAACCUUAAGAAAAAAGAGCACAGAGUGUAACAAUAUAUCGAUGUUGAGAAAUUCAGCAGGUGUAAAAAAUAAAGAUGAUAAAAAUAUAGAAGCAAAGGGAUACAGCUCCCAAAGUGACGAUGCAAGACAUUGGUGGGAAAAUGAAGAAUCAGGAGGAGGAGGAGGAGGAGGAGGAGGAGGAGAAAGAAGGAGGAAAUUAGCUGUCACGUAUGAAGACAGUAACAAGAGUGUAGAUAAAAAAGAAGAAACGAAAAUAUUAAAAUUUUUCACAAAUAUACAUGUAAUGCUGAAAGGGAUUAAAAUAAAUCUCUUUGAACAGACAUCUGAUUACAUGAUAUCAGUUGAAUUACACAAUUUAUAUUUGAAGAAAUCACACAUGGAAGAUAUUCAAUAUUAUAACGUAGAAGUGAAAGUAGAAAACUUGCUUUUUUAUGCUGUAUAUAAAUAUCUCAUUGCUUAUGCAAUUUUAUAUGCAAAUAAUGAUGUGAAUAUGAAAAACAGUAAUUUGAGAAUUUUUAUGAAUGAGUUAGAAAUUAAAAGGAAUUUAUUUUUAAAAAAAAAAUAUAAUUUGAAAAAAAGUGAUCGAUCAUCAUCCGCAUCUUCCAUUGGUUUGAACAAUCGAAAUGAAAGAAAAUUGAACAAAUGUUAUGAAACGACAAAUAAGUCAGAAUUUAUGAUUUGUAACUUCCAGUACAUUAAAAAAUGUGAAACACUUUUUAUCAAAUAUUUUCUUCUCAGCAUCAAACCCAUUGUUAUUAAUGCUGAUAUUAAUACCAUUACCAUUCUGUUUUAUUUUUACAAAACCUUUAGUAACUAUGGUAAGAAGAAAGAGGAGAAAGAGCCAGGGGAUGUAGAAGACCAGGUAGAUGCAAUAGAUUAUAGUGUUCGCUGCAUCUCUCCUGUACCACAUGACAUGCAUCUGGACGAUCGAAAGGACAGCUACCAUUCCUCAUUAGACCCAUUCGAAACAGUAGAAAUGUCUACACAAAAGGUAAGUGGGGAUGGUGAAGAAGUGAUCAAUUUUCUGGAUUUUCCAUCUUUGUAUGGUGCCUCAAACGAGGUCAACAGUGAACACGCUAGUAGUGGUCGUUUAGAAGGUGAUUACUUCAACGGAGAAUACUUCAAUGGAGAAUACUUCCAUGGAGAAUAUUUCCAUGGAGAAUACUUCAACUGUGAAAAGUUCAGUCGCGCGCAGAUGGCUCCUGCUAACUUCAAUGAGAGGCACAAGAGGGAGGACAAGAGGGAGAUAAAGAAAGUAGUAGAGAAAGAAGAAACGAAGAACAACAAGUAUGUAUACGUGCAAUACAUCAGUAUAGACAAGAUAAACAUCCUUUUAAAUUUUCAAUCUGAAUAUAAAAAGGAAUUAAAUAAUCAUGUGAAUAAUUUUUUUUACAAGGAAUACAUAAGUGCAUAUAACAAAUUGGGGGAUAUUUCAAAUUGCAACAUUUAUUUGAAAAGUUUAUCCAACAUACACAUAUUUACAAAUUACACCUUGUUAACAAAUUUUUUGUUAAAUUUUUAUUUUAAUCAAACAAUUGUAAAUUUAUCAAACCUGUUAAUAUCUUUUAAUAUUAUUGGAAGUCCCACCUCUCUCUUUGCACAUAUUAAGAAAGCUUUCAGUGAAUUCUAUUACAUCAUAAGUGAUGAUUCUUAUAUGAACACAGGACAUAGCAGCAAAAAUAAUAAGUUGAUGAUGGUGCAUAAGCGUAAGAGAAAAGAAAAUAAAUCAGGAGGAGACAGAAAACAAUUAUUUUCAAAAGUUCAUCAUGAAAAAAACACGGAUUUGCUAAAUCUGUUUGAAGGAUCAAAUGAAAGUUCUCUGAUUGAUGAAAAGGAUGACAUUAUAGCUAACGAAAAAUAUAUUAUGCAUCUUUUAAAUGACUAUAAUUCUUCUUAUCAAGAUAACAUGUUAAGUGAGGAUGAGAAUAUGAGCAUGCUGAGAAGAAGCAUCAGUUGGGACAUGGCCAAGAAGGACUACGACGAAGAUGCCUGCAGUGUUGGCACUGUGAGGAGUUCAAUUGAUGAGGUUGCUGCCGUGGGUUCUGUUCAUGCAGUUGGAAUAGGUGAAGCAUUUGGAGAUGCUGGCAUAUAUAGUGGGGCUAGCCAAAUUAAGGAGGCAAAUUACUUGGUUGACUUAUGUGGAGUGGAUCAUGUCACAGGCAUCGUCGACACGUGUGACCUGGUGGCAAUCAGCCAAGCUAGCCAAGUUAGCGAUGAGGAGGAUUUUUGCGAGAAUCAAAACUACCUGUACAGCAAUAACAGCAAGAGCAAGGAACUUCAGAACCUCAUCAUUGAUGAUAACGCAUCGUUGGACUCUGGAAUAUUUAACGAUCAGAAGGAAGACUCGACUAUGCUCAAUCGGGAGCGGUGGAAAGGGAGAAGCGGUAGAAGGGGUAACGCAAAAAGGGGUUCUAAGGACCCAAAAAGGGGUUCUAAGGACCCAAAAAGGGAUUCAAAGGAUUCAAAAAGGGACUCAAAGGAUUCAAAAAGGGACUCAAAGGACCCGAAAUGGCACUCGAAGGACCCGAAAUGGCACUCAAAGGACCCGAAAUGGCACGCAAAGGACCCGAAAAGGCACUCAAAGGACCCGAAAAGGCACUCAAAGGAUCCGAAAAGGGAUUCAAAGGAUUCAAAAAGGGACUCAGAGAAUAUAUCGACUAACCGCUUGACAAACUGCUCUAUGAACCGCUUAACGAACCGCUUAACGAACCGCUUAACGAACCGCUCAACUGACGACUUGAGGAAGGAGGGGAGAUUCCUCCCAUCGUUGACCCAAAAAUGCAGUGAAAAUAUGCGUUACAUAUUUUUAAGGGGGAAAAGACUAUGCAUAGGAUUGUACGUGUUGAUUUUCCAGCUGAUUCUGUCGCUUCUAUUUUCAGUGACAUUGAUACUGCAAUCGUUAAUAUGUCUAAUUGAGAAAAUAAACAUAAAUAAUGGAGAUAACGUGUUUCGAAUAUUCAGAAGAAGAGAUGAGAGGAAAAAGAUAUUUGCAUUUAACAGUAUAGAAGAAUAUAAAAAUUUCAACUUGAAGAAAUUGUUGUAUUACUAUUUAAGUAUUUAUAUAAAUAUAAUAAGUUUAAUUUAUUAUAACGUUUUAUACAAAAUUAAAAAGAAGAAGAAAAAGGACUUGUCAAAUGAGAAAAAAAUAUUUAUGACAAAAUUUAAGAUGAAUUUAAAAAAGAGAAGGAAAUUAUCUUUUUUUUUUAAUUUCUUUUUAAGUAUAAUACAUAUAAUUAACAUAUUUAUUUUUGGACAUGUAGUUUUCUUCCUUUUAUGUUUAUUAACACUAAAUAAUAUACUUCAAAUGAUAUUACAAUGUUGUAUUAAAUUAGUGUACUAUCAAAGGAAUCAAAAUGAUCUCGACUUUUUCAACACCUCCAAUAGGAAUCAUUUAAAUAUUCUUAGCUACAUUAAAAUACAUCAGAUUAUAAAUAAAUACACACUUUUGAAGGAACCAUUUAAAUAUUUUUUAACUUUUCAAGAUUUUCUAGAUUUGUCGGCACACAAAAAGGUCACUUAUUUUGUUCACACCAAGGAGCUCUUUUUUCACAUCCACGACAAUAAAAUUAACUUCCUCUUUCGAAAAACAGACUUGAAGAAAAUAGACAUUAUUGUAAACACAUUCAGCAACAGCUUCUCUGUCAGGGGUUACCAUAACCCUCGACCCCCCUCACCCUCUAGGAACGCUGCCUCCAAUGGCAGCACUGCGAUUGGUUAG